AUGCAGGUUAGAAAGUUUGUCAAUGAUGUCCCAUUUUUGUUACAAGUCAUUGUGAUUUUCGUUAAAAGAAAGAUCUAAACAUUUACUUGAAUUUUUUAGGCAAUUACCGCCCUUGCUCACUUGAGAGCAGCAAUUCUCUACGUGGUGGACAUUUCAGAGCAGUGUGGUCACACUCUUGAGGAACAGAUAGAGCUGUUUAAUGGCAUUAAACUUCUGUUUGCAAACAAACCCUUGCUGGUGCUCUUAAACAAAAUUGAUGUCCUUAGACUUGAUGAGCUUUCUGAGGAGAAGAAAGAGUUGAUUAAAGUUUUUGAUCAAGAGGGUAAUAUUCUGCUUGAUCUUCAUAACAUUGCAGUACGGUACCAUGCUGCAGUACAGUCCACCUACUUUACCACAGUUGACCCAGGUAACCCUUAAUGCUCUGAUCAUCAUCUCAGUAUCAUUAUCAUCAUCAUCAUCAUAAAAAUCAUUAUCUUAGUGAUUAUGAUCAUGAUCAUCGUUGAUCAUCGUGAUGAUGGUCAUCGUCAUCAUCUUCAUCAUCAUCCUUAGCCUUUGAGCAAGUUCUCCAUUUGUGGGACAUCAUGAAAAGUAGACACGUGAGAGGAGACGUGAAAAGCAGCAGUUGAGGGAGAGAGAGGAGAGCUUGCAACGAUCACUCAUUAACUUUCAUUUCCACCGCGGACACCCCAAAGCAUUAAAACUGUCACUGCAAACGUGCCAUAGAUUAGAAAGUCACAUUAAGACAGCCGAGGGCACAUAGAAUUUAUUUAUUUAUUAAAUUGCUUUCUCAACAGCUUUCCACUGCAUCAAAGCAAUGUUUUUGACCACUGAUGUGUUUUUUUUAUCCUCUGGACAUUGAACUACAAUGGUCCGCACGGAUAAGAAUUCAAUACUUUGAUUCUCCUUUCAUUUACAUUUGAAAAGUCAUCCACAGUCAGAAGACUACGCUCCCGGUCACAAUCACCAGUUUUUGAAACAUAGUAUACUUUUGUCUGUUUCGCAACUGGAGAAGAGCAUUUUCGUGGACUUGGUCCUCUUACGUUUUACUCCUUAGUUGCUUCUUACUCUUUCUAUUGACCUUCUUGACGGUCAGCUGCUAAUUCUUCGUCAGCUACACUGUCACGUACCACUUUCUGAAUUUUCUACCCUGUAGAAUUCAAUCAGGCGAAAAAAGCAACGUUGGAAGGCACUGCAUCAACCACACGCUCAAAUCUAUCCUCACUUUCACUCCUCUCAUUUUCAGAACUAAACAAGGCACUUGAUACAAACAAAUACAACUGAUGAAGGGUUCUAAUUUUCUGAUAAUCCUCAGCUCGCAACAUUUUAUUGGCAACACUUUCACGCAUACAGCUUUGUGAGAAUUACACACAGACGAAAGUUAUCUUUCACAGAAGGAGAGAGCGAUUUUCUGCCUCUACCAGUCUUCUUUUUCAAAGUGAGUUCAGCAAUUGCUGACAUAACACAGGUUUUGGUGAUAAUACAUUUCCUGUGAUCUAGGCAGGCCUGUUAUCAAUCCACUUUGAUUUCCGGAACGUCAUUUUUCCCUUCGUCUGGACAAAGUACAUGUACAAAUGAAAAUUUAUGAGAGAUUGUUGCAAGCUCUCCUUUCCUUCGCCUCUCGUGGCUUUGUCGCUCGCUCUCUUGCGCAUUCUCAUGUGGCUCACUUGGCUUGCCCAAAGAGGAGAGCUUGUCCACAGGCUAUAUCAUCCUCAUCAUUAUCCUAAACUGUUGACUUAGGAGUUAAGUUUACUUGACUUUUGUAAACAUAGUAAGUCUCUCCUCCAUAAUUAGAACUUGCCAUAUUAAGGCAGUGUAUGUUUGUACAUUAUUGAAAUUUUUUUUGUGUAUGAACAAAGAAACAACAUAGAGAUAAACUCCUGGCUGUUUCUGUAGGUGUUACCCUUCUUCCAUGAGUACAGUUACUGAAGAAGGCGUGAUGACUGUCAGAAAUGAGGCUUGUGAUCAGCUCCUAGCUCAGAGAGUUGAGAUAAAGAUGAAGAGCAAAAAAACAUCAGAUGUCAUGAACAGACUUCAUGUUGCCAUGCCAACACAGAGAGAUCAGAAAGAGAGACCACCCUGCAUUCCUCAGGUAAUGCCGCACUAUCCUAAACAUCUCAUAAAGGAACUGUAGUCAAUCCCUAAAGCCCACAGUGAUCAGUAUCGACUUUCUUUCCAAGGAAUGAAUGUGUAAUUUAAUAAAGAACUAGUGAGAGUUAGGGCAUUGAUCACAUAAGAAAAUUGUCUUAGUAGGUUAACACUUGUUGUACAAGAGAUAGAUGAACUCUCGUGGAAGUUUGUGCUGCUUAGUAUAGACUCCGUUACAGCGCUUUUCACCAACAUUCGAGCUUUCUAGUUCAAAAGCUGCCUUCACAAUUGCGUUUUUUGCUGCCCUCAAUCAUAAUUACACUUUUACCAUCACAAGCAAUGAACCGCACAAAACGGAUUGAAAUCCACAAAUCACAGAUCACAAACCAUGACCUUUUGAACCCAUUUAAGUAAAGUUCUGUUUCCUGAGAGGUCCGCUAAGAUGAUUGACGGCAGCGAAAAACACAAAGGUUAGUUGGCUUUUGAACUUCGGAGUUCAGGUGUUUUUGAAAAACGCAGUAAUGUAGACAAAAAUACCACACUAGAUAACUGUUUGUUUUACUGGCAUAAACAGUGCCAACUAUGCACAACUAUGAGUUCUGUGUAAAUAGAGAGUGAACACAUCAGAUUUUUCUUUGCAUUGUCCCUUUUUUAGAGCUUAAACAUAAACAAAGAGUACUAAAUAAAAAAGUGUACAAAGAAAGCCCAGGGUUUAGUGGAUUUUUCUAUCAGGCUAUUGAAUUCUGUUCUUAACUCUUCUAACGGGCAAGUGAAGUUUUUUGGGGAAUUCAAAUUACAGACGAACUGUGCUUAAGUUAUUAUGCUAUGCCUGUAGCUAUACUUUUCCUGAAUGGCAAGCUGUACUAACACUGACUUUCUUUGCACCCAGCUUCAUAGUGCCUUAUGAUGCUUUAAAUAUUACUGACAAAAUGUGCGUGAAAUAAAUCAUAUAUGAGAACUGUGGAAAUGACAUUAACAAAAAUGAAAAAUGAUCAUUGCAGUUGUGAUUUAUGAUUUUCAUACAUUGUAGCUUAGUUGGCUAGAGUGUCACGCUGGUAUUGCGAGGUCAUGGGUUCAAAUUUGAUGGAAGUCUUAAAUCUUUUUCGGGCUUCUUACGCAAUUGUGUAAAUUGCAUUCACAACUGCGAGGAUCAUUCUUCAUUUGUUUUAAAUAUUACUGUUAGUAACCAUUCUGUCAAAGUGAUUGUAAUACAUCUAUUUAUUAGAUCUACACUGUGUCACAUUGCAAAAAAUUAUGUCCACAGAGAGAGUUUGGAUUGUCUUAUAAUAUUGAUUCAAACUUUAUUUUUGCUACUUCAUAUGCAGGCUGUACUGGAUAAAAGGCAGGCUAUGGUUGUUGAAGGAGCUCAGCCCAAGCGCAAACUGGCCAGAGAUCUGGAGAUUGAGAUGGGAGAAGAUUACUACAUGGAUAUGCAGGAGCAUUGGGAUCUGGCAAAAGGUGACAAGAAACAUGAUAUUUUACCAGAGAUUUACCUUGGAAAGAAUGUGGCUGACUUCAUUGAUCCAGAUAUUAUGAAGGUGAGGUUUCAACUUGGAGUUGUAAGUUUCAAUUUCUUUAUGUGCAAAGUAACAGGUCAAACCAAGAGAGGAGCCCUAAACACAAAGGGUACUUUGUGUCCUUUUUUAAUCCGCCUAAUCUGAGAUUGUAUAUGUCACUACAAUAACUCGAUUAAUUAUUUAAUAAUUGAGUAGAUGUGUUCAUAAAAAAUCAGUCAAUCGAUCAAUCAAUCAAUAGACUUGGCAAUACAAAUGAAGGCCAUUUCCAAGUUACAAAAAGUCGUACUUUCAAAAUGAGGCUAAAUGCAAAACCUUUCUUGUGAAAACAAGUUUUAUUUGCAUGAUAACAAAGCUUGUUUUCAUAUCAAUGCCUUUGCUCUUACAGGGCUGCAAAUAACAGUCGGUUAUCGGACAUAAGGCUGACCAAAAUUUGCUAGUUUAGCGUCCGAUUCUCCACGCGCCUUACCGCUAGGUGGAUCUGAGACCUUUUUGUUAUCACAAAAAUAAAUAUUUGAAUUUCUUUCCUGACAGAAAUUAGAAGAGUUGGAGAAAGAAGAGGAACUGCGCGAGGCUGCAGGGCUUUGUGACUCAGAACCG